CACACUCGCUCUUGUUACGUGUGUGAAGGACCUUAGCAAAGGACGUGUUCGGUUGGUCCACGCUUGCGCUAGUUUUGUGGUGUCCCCACUGAUAGUCUACAAGUGACACUCGUUUUAAUGUUUUAGCCAGGAUGUUAAAAAGAAGUAAAAAUCUAAGCUUUUUCUUGAGCCUUGUUCCGGGUAAAAAACGUCUUGGACCAUACAGGUUCCUACCGGUCUUCUUUUGCAUCGGAGGCGUCAUGGAGUGGAUCAUGAUCAACGUGAGGAUAGGAAGAGAGACUUUUUAUGAUGUCUACAGAAGAAAACAGUCAGAACGGGAGUACCAGCAGAAGAUUACAGACGGAUUUAGAGUGCUGAAGGAGCCUGCAGCAAAGUGAACACUGGUCUGGUUUAAUGUGGACUCCAAGUGUCUACUCACAAGACACUUUCUUGGACUCUUGAUUCCUUACUUGUUUAGACAAGCUGAAGUGGACACCGUGGCAACAACAACAGAUAUGAAUGUUUUCAAUGAGUGAAGAGUGAAACUCUGAUGAUAUCACUUUAGACAUGCAGGCUUUAUUAGUACUAUUACCUUUGGUUUAAGAAACAAUAGCAGGGAUGAUACCUCUGGUGUGCAAUCACAUGAAAUAAUUUCAACAAUCAUUGAAUACUGAUAUGACAAGUCUAUGUUUUCAUUUUAUAUAUUGUACAUUGCGUAGCACCUGCCAUGACAAAACAGCAACACUGGAAAAUAUUGGAACAAAACAAAUACAAAAAUGGUCUGUAAUUAUAUGACUUCUGUCUAAUGUAAAACAAUGAGGUCAUAAACUGUAAGGCAGAUUUGAGUAUAUAAAAUGUAACUUAACAGUA